AUGAGGCAGAGCACGAUCGGUAUGCUGUUGGUGCUACUAACCAUACCGUGGGGGGCGGGCCGGUUCGGGACGGCGAUGGCGGGGCAUACGAGUGCGAGCGGCUCGCCGGAUCCAUCGCCGGGCCGGUCGCCCGGCCCACCGACCCUGCUACCAUCGCCGGGUUCACUGUCGUCCACCGAGGACGAAACAAUCGCGCCAGCCGAUAGGGAUGGUCGCAGGCUGGGCGGCGGCGGUGGUGGUGAAGGCUUCGCCGGUCCGAUGCUCGGCUACGAUGACGACGAAGAGGGCGAGCAGGAUGCGGAGGGUACGACAGACGACGAAAGCAGCGUAGUGGUAGUAGAGGACCGGACGUUAGCGGAGCAAGAGGGUGGCGAGGAGGAGGAGGAACCGGUGCUGGAUGUUGAGCAGGAGCAGAAGGAGAGGGCACAGGUUGAGGGGUAUGUGCCGGAGUCCGACGAUCAAUCGCUUGAUUACGACAAUGGAGAAGGUGGAGGCGCUGAUGAUGGUGAGGAACAGGAUGGCAUGAUGGAGGAAGAGGAAGAGGAAGAGGAGAUUGGUCAAGGUGCCAAAGAGCAUCGGUUCGCCUUCCCCGCCGCCGGGGACAACCCGUGUGCGUCCGCCAUCUUGGACUACCUGGAAUCGAGCGGUGGCGAAGGGACAGGUAUACGGCGUAACUCACCGGAGGACGGCACCGAUCUGCACAUCGACGUGCGCCACGAUCUGUUCGACACGCACACCGGCAUCGUACCGGGGCUUCUCUAUCAAGUGGAAGUGUGGCGCUCACCGACCGCCGAGAUCCGGGAUUUCUACAUCGAAUCCAUCACGGGCGGCCCCGCCGGUGUGCAGGGGCAGGGGCAUGGUGGUGGCCACGGUUCCCGCUCUACCGAGGUCCCGAUCGGUCGCUUCGAUAUAGUGAGCGAGGGCGGAUACAAGCGGGCAGCUGACUACCACCGCCCACUGCUCGGCGACUACGACGACGACGACGACGACGCGACACCGGACGCCAUACCGCGCAGUACGUGGAUCGAGGACAUGGAGCUAGACUGGUUACAGCACGCUGGUGCUGGGGGGGGGCGGACGGUUGCUGCCACGGGCUCCCAUCAUGGGCGGCUGGUAUUCGGCGAGAAACCACCCCCGGAACAGGAGCUGGAGCUAGAAAUGGAGGAGGGCGAAGACGAAGGGUCGGACGAGGAGAGCACGCCGGGCGGGAGGGAAGCGGGCGGUCGGUUGCGGAAGCGGCUUCGGCGGUUACGCCGAGGACAUCCCCGGCGGCGACGACGACGCCCUCGUCCUCGGAAACUGCGACGCGCCGCGGUCUGUCCGGACAAUGUCUGGCGCCAGAACUUCAUGCUGGACGAACGGAUGGUCGCGAACUGGUCCGUACCGCGGUCCGUGCCACAGCGGAUAGCGCGCGACGACAUCCGGACGUCUACCAACCGGACCGUCGCUAGUGCUGCCGCUGGUAGGAAGCAGUCGCUCCAUGACCAACAGCAGCAGCAGCAACAGGAACUACAGCAAGGAACACUGCUAUUCUUCCGCGUACUAUACCGGACGAUGACCAGUUACGCGGUCUACGAGCUCAUCUACACGGUAGUAUUGUUACAAGAGUGCCAUCUGUUUCUGAGACAAUCGCAAGGGCUACUGUCAUCGAGCAGGCUUCCGCUUGGUUACCAGGACUGCCGCGUCACGUUCCCGGUGCGCUCGUCGCCAGCCGGGGUCAGCCACCGGGACGAGCCGCCCGGCUUGGUGGUGAAGCUAGCCCGCCUCAACACACCCUGUCGCAAUGGCGGCUACCUACAGUUUGUGCCAACCUCGGCUCGGGUCACUCCUGUCAGUGGUGGCAGCAGCGGCGGCGGCGGCGACGACGGUCACGGUGCUGGCGACGUGGCCGGUGGCGAAACCGACGGAGGCAACCUUCCACGACCCAUAUCACUGUGCGGUAAGCUGGAAGAGCUGCCGCCCGAGGAGCGCUCGUUUCACUUCCAGAACCACACCAACACCACCCUGCGGGUGCACAAUCAACCGCUGUUCAGCUUCCACUACCGGCUGGUCGACUACUGCUACAAUGUGACGCUGCGCGACCGUGCGGCGACCCUGCGAUUGCGGCCAUCGGCCGGCACCGCCCUCGAUUGCUACUUCCGCAUUCAUCUGCCGUACGGGUACCGCGUAGCGCUGCAGCUGCUGACCAAUGCAUCGACCAGCACCGGUAACGACGACGCCGAAGACGACGCGGACGUACGGCAUGAACCUAUCACGCUGAUACCGCUCGCCGCUGCGCCAUCCGCAGUCGCAGACUCAACGGGGCUGGGUGUUGCUGGGUUUCGCUGUCCCGAUCCCGGUGGUGGCGGUGGCAGCUUGCUGGUGGAGUUGUACGAGGUCGGCUUUCGUCGGUGGGUGCGUUGCAUCAAUGGGAGCUCCUCGGCACCAAUCACUCGCUACACGCUGCUCUCGGCAGGUAACCACAUAGCGGUUAAGGUGAGCAAAUACACGGGCCCAGGGGGCAACAACGCAACAACGGCGGGGGCGGCGGCGUCGGCGGCCAUCGUCGCACCCUCGCUACUGCUCGAGUACCGGGCGCACCCGGUCCCGGCCCUCACCUCACAUUGUGCCUUCGGGUGGCUAGCGACCGAGCAGCUCUGCAUCGCGGCCAUCGAGCGGCGGCUGCCGUGGCAUGAGGCCGAAGCCGAAUGCAACCGACUCGGGGGCCACCUCCUCUCGAUACGUUCCGGCGAUGAUCAGCAGCUCAUCGAUCAGCUGCUGCUGCACAGUCCCGGCUACAAGGACAGCAACGCGUACUGGAUCGGGGCGGCCGAUCUGAUUACCGAGGGUGAUUUCCGGUGGAACGAUAAGUUUCCCUUCAGUUACAACAACUGGUUCCCGGGGUGGGCCCACCAGGAGUACUACAACCGCCAGCCGAACGAUGAUGGGCUGAGCGGGCAGGACUGCGUCGAGGUACGACGUCACUUCCAGGGUGCAACGACCGGAGGUGGACCGGCACCAGCUGUCAGUACGGGGGGUGCGGACUCAUUGACCAGUUCGUACAUGUGGAACGAUCGCAGCUGCGAUGCGCACAAUUACUUCCUCUGCGAGCGUAUGGUCGAAAAGGAGCCGGUCGAGCGGCUGGUGAACGAGGCAGAGUGUAACGCGACCGUGACACUCAGCGCCGAACGGUCGAAGGCAACCGUGUGGAGUCCGGGCUUCCCGCAGCUCUACCCGGACAGCGUCGACUGCUACACGUUCAUCCUGGCACCACCCGGUUACCGGGUGGUGCUCGACUUCGAAGAGAUGGUGCUCGAGAACGAACCGUUUUGUUCGUAUGACUUUCUGCAGCUGGUGGAACCGGAGAAUAGCCGGGCCGGCCUGGGCAAGUCCACUGGGACGGUACAAUUCCGAUCGAGAAACUCACGCCACAGUGGGCGCUACAGUAUGCUGCAACAACCGCAACAGCAACAGCAUCGACGUAAAGGUGGUAUCGGUCGAUCGUCCGCACUAACGACGGUCGCAGCGUCCCAACAGGGACCUACUGGGCACCGUGGGACUACCGGUCACAGUACUACCAGCACCGACUACCACCACCGAAUACACUUCAACGUGAGCAACGUUGAGGUGUUGCAGCCGAACGAUGGACGGUACGCGAGCAGCAUACCGCUGCCGGAGCCCCCCACCCUCGGUAGCGCACCCCGGCGGAUCUGCGGCGACUGGAGCUCCAAGCUUAAGCUGCUCCGCUACGUCACCCGCGGUCCGGCACUAGGGCUUCGCUUCGUGUCCGAUUACUCCAACAAUUUUGGCGGCUACAAGGCGAAGAUCUCCAUGGAAAAUGGAAGGCCGAGGGCACCUGUGACAUCCGAGUGUCAGGAUGAGCGUAUCAAGGCGUACAACAACUCGUGCUACCUGAUCAUCUCGUACCCGGAGGUGGACUGGACGACGGCUCAGCAGAUAUGCCGCGGUAUCGGUGCCCAGCUCGCCUCCAUCUCGACAACCGACGAGCAGAGGUUCAUCACGCUAAACAUUCGCAACAGCCCGGACUACACGCCACGCUCACUGUACUGGGUGGGCGGUGAGAUGACGGCCACCGGCAACCUGGAGUGGACCGACGGUGCGAAGCUCAAGUUCGAGGGCUGGCUACCGGGGCAGCGACCGGAGCAGAACAAGGCCCUUAAGAUGCCGGCCUGCUUGGGGCUCCAGUGGAAGGUGUCGCCCACGCCGAUGAUCUCGUCCGGGCUGCACUGGACGGCGCAGCGGUGCGGUGCGAUCGGUGGCUACGUGUGCAAGAAGCCCCGCCCAACCCUGGACGAGCAUACGGUGCGCAACCAGACGCAAUCGGGCACGGAGGGCCGUCUGCUGUCGCCCGCCUUUCCCAACCCCUACCCGGCCCAGACGGACUACUGGGUCCGACUGGUGGCACCCGAGCGGCACCGCAUCAUCAUCCAGUUCCAGCGGCUCGAUCUCGAGCAGCAGGACGAGUGUCUGUACGAUUACAUCAGCAUCCAGAACUAUCCGCCGCUACCGGGGGACCAUCCGGCACGGUUCGACGACCAACGCAACAGCAACGAGACGUAUCAUGGUAGGCAGGCGGCGGCUUGGUUGCGUGGACGGUUGCACCACCGCCCGGUACGCUUCAUCAAUCCGGGCUCCGAGCAUGGUGCAAGUGUGGGAGUCCGGAUCGCCACCGAUGUCGACGGUGGCGACUCGGCGGCAGCGGCGGUGACGGCUGCAUCAUCGGCGGCGGCUACAUCGUCGUCGUCGUCGUCGUCGUCGCUCCCGGAUUCCGGCGCCGGCGACGUUAAUCCCUCGUUCCAGCCGUACGUCCGCUGGUGCGGAACUCAUGAUAGCAACAUGUCCCGUUUCGAUUUCAUCUCCGCCGGCAACGAGGCGUUCGUUCGCUUUCACUCCGACUUCUCGAUCAACGGGGCCGGCUUUUCGGCCACCUGGAGUGCCGUCGACGUGUCCGGGUGUCCGCUGCAGACGAUCACGUCACGCGAGGGCGCGAUCCGCAAUCCGAACUAUCCGUACUUUCUGCUCGACCGUCUCGACUGCACGUACGUCAUUCAGGCACCGUACGGGCGGCGCGUUUGGCUCGAGUUCGUACGGGCCGAUCUGGCCGCCGAAGCGACCCUGCUGGUCGACAUUGGCGACGGUCCGUUCGAACCGUUCGGUGACGCGUCGCACGUCAACGACGGUGUGUUCGUCAGCAACGGCGAGCGACUGGUCGUGCGGAUCCAGACCGGUGCGGCACCACGUGGCAAGGGUUUCCACGCCAACUUCAAAACACUGGCGAGCAUCAACGAGCAGCGGUUCAUAGCGCUCGCCAACAGGACGACCGGUACGCUGUACUCGCUCAACUUCCCUCAGCCGCUGCCGUACGAUGUCGAUUACACGCAGCACCUGAUUGCACCGCUCGGUGAGGUGAUACUGCUCGAGCUGUACGGUGUCGGUUUCAGUCAGCAUGGUUGCCGCGACACCGGUUUCAUCGAGAUUUACGAUAACUACACCGACAGCAAUGGUACGCUGUGGCAUCUGUGCGAACAUCAACUGUCUGCUGAACCGUCUGCUUUUGCGGCGGCUGUAUCGGCGGCUAGCGAACUAUCGAACGGCCCAGCGGUGGCGAAGAUAACACAGCACACCGGUGGUGGUGGUGGUGCGCACAUCUGGCAGCACGGUGGUGAGGUGCGGGCGGCCCCGAUCUACAUCACCUCGUACAUGAACACGCUCCACAUCCGGCAGCGGAACACGAACGGUACCGGUAUACGGUUGAACGCGACGAUCCGCCUGCAGGCGGACGCCGGCUACAAGAUGAAGCUGAUCGCGAACGAGGACGAGUGGGUGGAAAGCUGCUGGCCGAACCCGUGCCAGUACGGUGGCAAAUGCAUCGCGACACCGGACGUGGUCGGUGGUGUGCGGCGGGGUAUCUGCGAGUGUUACGGUCACUUUACCGGGCGCUUCUGCGGGCUCAACAUCUGCGAGCUGGAACCAUGCCUGUUUGGCAAAUGUGAGCUGACGGCUUCGAGCUUUAAGUGCAACUGCCAGCCGGGCUAUCUCGGGCAGCGGUGCGACCAGAAGCAGAAACCGUGCGCCGAGAAUCCGUGCGAGAGCCGGGGCGAGUGCUUUGAGAAGAACGGUGGCUUCUACUGCCGGUGCCACGCCUGGUGGGAGGGACCACGGUGCGAGCGGCGCAUGAUGCACAUCCCUUACAAGCCGCUGUCGGAGCGGAUGCUACAGGAACCGUUCUGGCUCGGGCUGAUCACCGUGUUCGUCGUGCUGGCCGUGAUCGGGCUGGUCUGGUGCGCCAAGCGCCAUUUCCCCGAGAAGAUUGAGAAGCUGCUCGCCGACGAAACCCAGCGUAACCGACCCACUACGUUCCCGCCGCACCAUCUGAAUACGGCGUUGCGCGAGCAGCUGCAGGCGACCGCCGGUACCGUUUGCUCGUCGAACGCGACCACACCGGCCUCGCAUCGGACGAUAUUCGGACGAUUGGGCACACCGUCACCGAGGAAGAAGCGCAACAACUCGACACCGACGAAAAAGAACGUCAACGAGAAGAAGCAAAUACUGCAGCAGCUCGUCUCACCCGCCCAGAACGCUGCCACCAAACAAGUCAGCUUGGGCGAGCUGAUCCAGCUGUCGGAGCACCGGUUGAAGACUAACUACGGAGAGGCAGGUGAACCGCACGGCAGUACCACGAAGGAGACCAACUUCUCCGACCACUCGCUGUCCGUCGCCUCGAUGGUGCGCCAAAUCUCGGAUCCCAAGCUGGAGAAGAAAGUGACGUUUGCGCGUCUGCUGAGCAAGGUGUCGGCCGAGAUGAGUUCCGGCUCGGAGGACCUAGCCAAUGGAACGAAGCACUCGAGCGCGCUCAGUCUUCCGAACGAGGUGCCGCAGCGGGCGAACUCGGUGCCACCGUCACCCUGCACCAACGAGACCCGGUCACCGCACAGCACCUCGUCGAACCAGGGCAGCGACUCGCUGUCCAGCUCCGAGCUGGCACUGCACGAUUUCGGGCUGCGGGCCAGCAACCGGCAGCGGUCGCGCGGCAAGGUGUCGAGCGCCGACUCCAUCCUGGCGAUGUUCAAGAGCUUCGCCGCGUCGAGUGGUCCGCUCGGGGCGCUCCCCUCGUCGAUCGUCAUCUCGCCAUCGUCCACACCGACGGCGUCGAGCCCGCAGGACGACGUCCCGGGCGAUGACGAUUCGUCCACCUCGUCCAACCAGACGCCGGUCAGCUACUCGAGCGGUGCGGCGGCGGCGGCGGCUGCCGGUGCCGGUGCCGGGCCAUCCGAUUCGCCCGUCUUCUACCGGCAGAGCACCAUCGAGGUGCCGGUCCUGGAUGCGCUCAGUGCACACAAAGCUGGGACCGUGUCCGGAUCGCACGGUCUGUCGCAGUCCAGCAGCAGCGGCAGCAACAGUAGCGGUAGCGGUGGCGGUGGCGGCGGCGCUGGCGGCAGCGGCAGCGGCAGUGGCAGUGGCGGCAAUAGCAGCGGCAAUAGCAGUGGUAGCUGCUGCGGUAGUGCCGGUAUGCAGCUGCCAACCAUACUGCUCGAGAUACCGAGCAACGGCAUCAACAACAAGUGUUUGUCGCCGAUCCGCGAGAUGCCCACACCGAUACCGUCGCCGGCCCUCACCCCGAUCAUGCCGCGACCGCAGCGCAUGCGCACGCCCCAGUCGAUCCACGAUGAGUCCAUGUCCGUCACGUUCAACUCCAGCUACGGCGAGUACCACAAGCCACAUCACAUUUCGAUCGAAAUCCGGCCGCCACCGCCGCCGCCGGAGUCGAGCGAGUGCGAGCGAGAAUCGGUCGCCAGUAACGUUGUCGCCCUACCGUCAGUUGGACCGGUAGUGUCGAUCGACGUCCAUCCCCCGACGCCCGAACGCCGGAGUCCCGAGCGGCCCCGCGAUCUCAUCAUCCCGGAGCUGAUCGUGCAGCACCCGAGCCCGACCCGGGAGCGGACGCGGGUGGUGAUGUUUCCCGGGUCGCCGCCACCGCAGCGAGCCACCCGCAGCUUCUACUCCCAUGCCUCCGGCGAUCUGUACUACGACGCGCAACCGACCCCUGACAGCAGUGCCAUCGAACCUGCCUUCCUGCCGCUACUUCCGAAAAGGGAUCGGUUUCUGAAGCAGUGGGAGAAGCCGUCCUCAUUGGAUUUACCCUUCGAGCCGCCGAUCAUCACGAUCACCUCCAACAGCAGUGAGGUGAUGUCAUCGGAUGCCGAUCUGCAGUCACCGGGUCCAUCGGGGGCGGCCGCCGCAGCAGCAGCAGCAGCCGGUCACCGCACCGGUUACCUAGGGCCACCGGGCGCAUCAGCAGGUGGUAGUGGUGGCGGUGGAGGUGGUGGCACCAUGUGCUAUCUGAGCCCGUUCUCCAUGUGCGGCCGAGGUGAUCGGGCACCGUCGGAGAGCAACCUCAGCUCGUCCGGUUACUCCAGCAUGGCCAGCCCCGGUCCGAGCCGUUGCGGUUCCAGCAAUCCACUCUUUCCCGCGAACGAAUCGGACGAUCCAGGCUCGGGACCGGCUGGGCCCAGCUAUGCCGGCUUUCACUCGCUGCUCAGCAGCCGCCGGCAAGCGGCGGCGGCUGGCUCCACCGGUUCCACCUCUUCCACCAGCCAGCGCCGCAAAUCGGAGAACAUUGGACUGGGGGGCAGCGCGGCUGGCACGGGUGGUGGUGGUGCCGGUUCCACCAGUGGCAACCAGUCGUCGAUGGUCGCCGGUGUCGGCACCGACAGCUGCGGCGGCUACCGGGCUGGCCAGCAGUCGUUCCGCCGUCGCUCAGAUUCGGAGACGCUGUCGGACGAACCGCUGCUCGAGUCGAACGACGAGGGCAUCGGGACGGAUCAUCUCGACGAGAAAAUUGAGGAAGGUGAAAUCCGGAGUGCCAAAGAGCUGGAGCUGUACCUCGGCAAAGAGCUCAUCCAGAUCGGGCAGGAUCUGCUGGCACAGGACCAACAACACCACCACCACCACCACCACCAGCAGCAGCAGCAGCAGCAGCAACAGCAACAACUCCUCUCCAUGGCUCAGCUGCAGCUGCCGUCGAUCGUGAUCCAGUCGGAGACGGGGUGCGACAAACCAUCGCCCGUCUCGUCGCGUUCCGAGAGCCCGCUCAGCGAGCGCAACGCCAGCCUCGAUCGCUUCUCCGCGGCGUUCUACGGCCGGAAGGACCAGCAGCUCCCGUUCACCGACUCCGAUGGACUGUACGACUUCCCUUCGUCCGAUGGCAAGGGCUCGUGUACGGGCACCGGUACGAGUACGGGCCUCGGGGGCGGCAGCGGCGUCGCUGUCACCUUAACGCACCGGAAGUGUGCGGUCGGGCGGAGAAAGGAACGGCGCGGUAUCGUGCGCUCGAGCUCCAUGCUAUCACCAUCCAAGGCGACGCCAUCCGGGCAACUCGUGGACUACCCGUCCCAGCAGCACUUCCACUGUCAUGCAUACGGCGGAAGCGGCGCCGGCACGCAGCAGCUCGGCGUCAGCGUCACUCGCAAGAGUCCGAAACGACGGCAGCAACGCACCGCUCCGGUAGCCAGCAGUUCCUCUUCCACAGAGUCGCUCACCUCCAUGCGUGAGUACGCGCUACGUCCAACUACGAAAGGUCAGACCAGCGGCAGUAGCACCACCGGUGCCCAACAGGUGACUACUACUACUGUGGUCAGCUAUCUGGCGCAAAGCCGCGAUUCUGGUGACGACACCGACGAGCUCCGUAGUGCUCUUCAGCACACCACCGAGGACAUCUCGAGCCAGAUACUGCCGAAGGUGGGCACCGCCGAGGAGCAGCCGCGGCCCGCGGUUCGCAAGAUCCGGCGCCUGAAGGCGAUCGGCAAUCAGAUCAGGUUUCUGCGGCGCCUGGAACGCUCGAUCCACCGGAAGGAGCAGGAACCGUCGGACGAGGAGGGCUGCUUUAACGGUGGAACAGGCACGAAGCUGGAGGGGCUGGCAACGGCGACCACCUCGCCGCUGAUCAAGUUCAAACAAUCGCAGAUCGACGAGGAGGACGAGCCAGACGAGGAGGAGGAGGAGGAGGAGGAGGAUAAGGAGGAAAGGGAGGAGGAAUUGAAGCACCGUACCGGGACAGGCUACUGCAUCGGUGUGCCGAACAAAACGCUCUGCCUACCGUCCACCAGUGGCGGAUUGGCGACGGGCCCAGCUCGACCACACAGCAAGAUCUCGCGCCAGCGGCGCAUACCCAGCCAUGACUGUCAUAGCAGCAUCAAACCGUGGUCCGAGGCCGAACGGAAGCUGCUCGAACAUGACGUGGAGAACAGCGAUUAAGCGGAGGGCCGAGGGCCGCGUCACUUAUACACUGUAGUAGCAUCACGAACAGUCGACUGCUAACCGGAAAGAUCCAUCCGAGACACACUGGCAACUUGUUUGCAGGGAGUUGAGUUCGUGUGUGUCCUGAGACUGCUCCGAAAGCCAGCAGCUUCGUGCCACACUAAUCUCAACCGCCACAAUACCGAUCGGAUUGCAAGGCUCACUAGGGGAUGACAUCAUCGAACGACAGACACAACAAACACUCCUACGCUGAACGCCCUCCUAGUGCGACUAGGAGGCGCUACGAAGGGUGAGGUGAGGGCGAGUUCAGCAAUUAAAGUUAGAGCAAUCACCUGGCUGCAAUAGGACGGCCACCAUUAACACUAAUUCGAUAAUCGAUACACCGCUACCCCCGUCACCCAAAAAGAAUUGUCUAAUAUCGUGAAAGCGACCAU